UGGCAUUACCAUUAACUUCUGGCACAGUCGCUAUUGAUAGCGGCAACGUUUUAUUUUACUUUUUCGUGUACAACAAAUUUUAUAUUUUUAAUAUCUAUUAAAUUCAUAGCAUUCCAAAGAUAAGUGAGGUGACUUAAAAUGACGGGCACCAUUCUAGAGAAUCUCAGUGGGCGGAAAUUAUCCGUAUUAGUUACCCUCUUAUUGUUAAGUCAAGUAGCCUGCUUUCUUUUGGGCGGUCUUCUGGCACCGUUGCCAGCCGGCCACCAAGUCAUUUUAGCCAUGGUAUGUAAAGAUACGCCCGGACGGCAGAAUGAUACGACUUUUUGGCUGCAUUUACGCGGCGAUGGAAAAUGUCCAGCUGUCUCCCAGGAGGAUAUCGAACAACACUACACGAAAAUGGCCAAUGAGAUAGUAUAUAUAUUCCAAAUGCCCUUACCGCGCGGCGAAGAAUUAGAUUAUUCACGAUGGCAACAAAAUUUGAUUGGCGUAUUGCAAGUGGAUAUUGCAUACGAACCGCAGGUAUCACUGGUCGAACCUCCUAAGGAUCUACAAUUAACUAUUGAUGCUCGUUUGGCUUACAGAAAUAAAGGUGACAAGAAACGUGAUUGGAAAUUGUAUGCACAUUCUUUGGAAAAACGUUAUCUCGAUUGUGGUAUUAAAACAGCGAGCCAAGAGGAAUCGUUAUAUUCUUGUGACAUGGUGCCACUAUUUGAAUUGGGUGAUCUUCAUCACGAUUACUAUUUGCUGAAUUUGCGUUUUCCAAUUGAUACGGACAUGAAAAUGAAUCUUGAUUUUGGGCAUAUGCACGAUCUAACUUUAACAGUAAUACAUCAGAAUGGUGGUUUCACAAAAGUGUGGUUGUCACUCAAAACAGUACUCUUCCCAUUCGUCGUGGCCAUAAUGAUUUGGUUUUGGCGUCGUGUACAUAUCCUACAACGGUCGCCUGCCCUACUCGAAUAUAUGCUUAUUUAUCUUGGUGGUGCGCUAACAUUUCUCAACUUCCCAAUAGAAUAUCUUUCUUUGUUCAUAGAAAUGCCGUAUUUGUUACUAUUGAGCGACAUUCGUCAGGGAGUCUUCUAUGCAAUGUUGCUGUCUUUCUGGUUGGUAUUUGCCGGGGAGCAUAUGUUAAUUCAGGAAUCACCAUAUAAGUCAACAAUUCGAUCUCGCUACUGGAAGCAUUUGUCUGCUGUUGUAGUAGGAUGCUUAUCUCUUUUUACUUUUGAUAUCUGUGAGCGCGGGGUUCAGAUGCGUAACCCUUUCUAUUCCAUUUGGACCACACCUAUUGGUGCUAGAGUGGCAAUGGGCUUCAUAAUUUUGGCAGCGAUUUCAGCGGGUAUUUAUUUCCUCUUUCUUUGCUACAUGGUUUGGAAAGUUUUCAGGAAUAUUGGCGCUAAACGUACUUCAUUGCCUUCUAUGUCAAAUGCACGCCGACUACACUAUGAAGGUAAGCAAGACUCGAACGUUAACAAAUUUAACUUUCUUUAUACCGAAACUAAAUAUCGUGAAUUUUUCAUUUUAGGUCUUAUAUUUAGAUUUAAAUUUCUGAUGCUAGCAACCCUGCUAUGUGCUGGACUAACAGUUGCCGGCUUUAUCAUAGGUCAAGUUGCUGAGGGUCAAUGGAAAUGGGACGAAGAUAUGGAAAUACAAUUAACAUCGGCUUUCUUAACCGGUGUCUACGGAAUGUGGAACAUUUACAUAUUUGCACUGCUUAUACUCUAUGCCCCAAGUCACAAACAAUGGCCUUCUAAUAACUCCGAUGAAACGACAAGGUCCAAUGAAAAUAUUGUUGCUGCAGCCGCAAGUGAAGAAAUUGAAUUUAGUCACUUACCUUCCGAUUCUAACCCAAGUGAGAUUUCUUCCCUCACUUCAUUCAGUAGAAAAGUAGCAUUUGAUUAAGAGGAAGUUCAAAAUACUUUUAGGAAGCUGUUAUCAGCGUUUUAAAUAGACUGAAAUUUGGCGCAGAAUGGCAAUGCAAAUCUAUGUAACUUUGUAUAUACAAUAUUUGUGCAUAUAUAUAAUGCAAUGUACUUAAACAUUAUGAACAUUAGGAGAGUGUUAAUAUGCCCAUAUGUAUGUAUUUACCCACAUAACUAAUUUUCAUAUAAGAGUAUAGCAAUAACCUAACCGCAUUUACGGUUCAAUGACUUAAAUGUUUUCAUAUAAUUAUCUUGCCAUUAACAAAUUACAAUCUCAAAAGCUAGCGUCGAUAUUAUUUUACACCAUCCAUACUAUGUUCUUAAUAUUAGUCUUAGGCACAAACGUUUAUAAACUAAGAAUAAAAUCUAACAGUAUUAUGUUUGAGGAUGUGUAUUUAAAAAGUAAGAAAAAAAUUCUUUGCCCCGUCACUUAAAGACGUAA